AUGUCGAUGGAUAUGGAUAACAAAGUCUCAACUAAACCCGCCGAUAUCGACCAGCAGCAACUCGAUGACGAUAACUACAGAGAAAGCGAAGAUGAAGACUAUAAAGAUGAUAAUGAAGCAAACUAUGAAAGUGAGACGGACGACAGCAGCGAUGAAGAAACCCCCAAAGAAAAUAAUAAAAAUACUAAAAAGGCGGUUAAUAAGCAAUCAACAGCUGCUCCAGUCCCAUCUGAAACCGUCGACUAUGAAAAGUACAAUAGUAUUCAAGGUGAAGGCCUGAUCAAGACUCGGGCCCAACGAGAAGCCGAAAAGCUCAAGCAAAAAGAGUUUGAAAACGCUGUUAAAGUCAACUCUGACUUUGACGUAAACUCAGUAUGGGAAUCGCUCAAAAGUGAGACCCAAAGCGCACCUGCGAGUCGAAGAAGUUCGACUCCAGCUAAAUCAGUAUCUCCAGAUGCGCCGUUGACUAAUGAUUCUUCUUACAAACUAACAACAGGUACUUCGACACUUACAACAGCCACCGUCACUAGUAACACUUCCUCUUCUGGUCUUUCUGAUGAGUACAUUGUUAUUAAGCGUGUAUACAGUUUUGCUGGAAAAGUCACACAAGAAGAUGUCCGUGUUCACAAAUCUUCGGCUGAAGCUAUCGCUUACCUCAAGCAACAAGAACAUAACAAUGCUAAAAAGCCUUUUGUGGAUGAAGACAACUCUUUGACUCUCUCAGCUCAAGGUAGAAGAAAGAGCAGUGUAUCUAAGAGACGGGGGCCUGUCAAGAGAAAGCAAGGCUCGCUGUUAGAUGAGCUCAAUAGUCUUCGCCCAAAGAAACUGAAUACCCUCGAAAAAAGCAAAAUGGAUUGGUUGGGGUAUGUUGACAAUGCUGGACUUAAAGAUGAAUUAACUCUCCACAACAAGGACGGAUAUCUUCAAAAGCAGGACUUCUUAUCGCGGGUCGAUAGUAGACUGGACCGGGAAAUCAGAUCAAACACUAGAAGUAAGUAA